AUGUCUGGGGAAAAACGACCCGCCCCCGAGGCCUUUGGUUCAUCUAACCAGGUUGUUGUGAAACGAAAGAAGUCCGAUGCCAGUAUGAAUGAUCAUACAGCUGUUGUAAAAAGCUCGUCGCAAAAUGGGGCUCUGGUGCAGGCAGUUCCCCGCACUAGUGGGUUAGACGCACCGAUCAUGGAUCUGACAGGCCAUUCUGGUGAGGUUUUCUCCGUACGAUUUGACCCCACCGCGCAACAUAUCGCAUCCGGCUCAGUAGACAGAUCUAUUUUGCUGUGGAAUACCUAUGGACAGUGUGAAAACUAUGGCAUCCUCUCGGGUCACCGAGGCGCGGUCCUCGACCUACAGUGGUCUCGUGAUUCAAAAACUAUCUUUUCUGCAUCAGCAGAUAUGACAAUUGCAAGCUGGGAUCUAGAAACUGGACAAAGGAUACGGCGCCAUAUUGGACAUGAAGAGAUUGUCAAUUGCGUGGACAUCAGCAAAAGGGGCCAGGAGCUCUUGGUCAGUGCAAGCGAUGACGGUUGCGUGGGCUUAUGGGAUCCACGGCAAAAGGAGGCAGUUGAUUAUUUGGUAACAGAAUUACCAAUAACCGCUGUGGCCUUAUCGGAAGCUGGGAAUGAAAUAUACAGCGGCGGCAUUGACAACACUAUUCACGUGUGGGACCUACGAAAGAAGGCCGUGGCUUACUCUAUGACGGGACACAUGGACACUAUCACCUCCCUCGAAAUUUCUCCAGAUUCGCAGACCUUGCUGUCCAACUCACAUGAUUCGACCGUACGGACAUGGGAUAUUCGACCCUUCGCGCCCACAAAUAGGCAUAUCAAAACAUAUGAUGGCGCUCCUAUUGGUCUGGAAAAGAACCUCAUCCGAGCGAGCUGGGACCCAACUGGCGAGAAAAUUGCGGCAGGAAGUGGCGAUAGGAGCGUGGUUGUGUGGGAUACCAAAACUGGAAAGCUUUUAUACAAGCUCCCUGGACAUAAGGGGACUGUCAAUGAUGUUCGAUUCUCGCCAAACACCGAGCCAAUCAUUGUUUCCGGCUCGUCUGAUCGGAGUCUUAUGCUUGGUGAACUUGGAAAAUGA